GGGGGUGCAGGAUCCCGCAGGAGCUUGCAGGAUCCUGCAGGAUCCUGCAGAGCCCGACUGACCCGUGUCUGGAUGGACCCGGCUCCGUAGACUGGUGGCGGUGUGCAGAUGCCUCCUGCCGAAGGGGAAUCGGCACAAGCAGAAGUUGUCGGAGGCCGCGCGGACCUCCGAACGUGUAUGCUUAUGCAGAUUCCUCUUCUCCUGCUGUUCUGCGCAUCCACGAGCUUCCGCCCAAUGCCGACCUCGUGGGGGAGCCCGCCGCGCAGCCUCGGGGCGGCGCUUGCGGCGGGGCUCGCGGCAAGCGCGGUGGGGGCGAGGGCCGGUGCUGGGCUCCUGCCGGAGGGCAACGCCCUCGACGCUUGGCGCCGCGAGCCAGGCAGAUUCUUGGCGGACUGGCACGAGGUGAGGUGCCCGCUGCCCCCGUGCGUGAGGAACAACAGGUCGUACCCCAUGGAUUGCUGUCUUCUUCGGCCCAUGGACAUCUUGCCCUACAGCGUCUGGGAGAACGGGGAGGUAGUGAUUCCGGGCAGCGUUGGGCCGCCGAUGGACCACCUGAUGGACCUCUUGUACCCCUUCGAUCUCGAGAAGCUCUACGUUGGCAGCGUGGGGACUGCUCUGGCGCGCCAGCUCUGGUGGCUGAGCUACGCGGCCUCCGCCGCCUACCUGGUCAUGCUGUGGGCGGGCCAGGCGUGGAUGAAAGGGAGGGGCGCGUUCGACUUGAAGGGGCCCCUCGCUGCCUGGAACCUUCUCCUGGCGGUCUUCUCCGUCUGCGGCGCGCUGCGGAUGGUGCCGCAGCUCAUCCUGCUGCUGUGGCUGCACGGCGUGCAGUACUCGGUGUGCCGCACGGCAUACUACACGGUCGGCAACGGCGCCUGUGGGCUCUGGAUGGUGCUCUUCGUGUGGUCGAAGUACGUCGAGUUGAUUGUCGGCGAAUACCCUUUUCCUGGUCCUCCGUAA